AUGAAGUGCAGUAUAAUCAUCUUCGCGUCUUUGGCUGCGGCCGUCACCGCUAAUUGUCCGAUGUUCCUCGCACCAAUUUGCGCUUCUAAUGGAAUCACAUACGAUAACGAUUGCCUCCUCGACCGCGCCGUGUCUCUUGACAACACCAUAACUUCAUUAUUCAGUGGAACAUGUAAGCCGUCCAAUUGGGAUAUAGUUCAAUGCAGAUAUUAUGGACCAGGAAGUUUGGAUACGGUUUGCGGCUCGGACGGAAUCGUCUACGAGAACGAAUGCUUCUUCGACCUCGGCGUUAAAAGGAAUCCAGCUUUAGCGAAGAGACACAACAGUGAAUGCGAAGAAUAA